GCACCAAGCUCACGAAGAUCAGUAAUGACAAACCCGCGGAUGCCUUAGCCCUCUCAACUACUCAUUAUAAACACACGCAAAAACAGGAAAAAAUAAUUCGGGCUCGCUUCGAAAACCAUUGGUACUACGCCAGUCGCGUCGUCCACACGCAUUCUAUUUUUGAAUUUUCAUAAACCGCGCGAAAUUUUAUUUUUUUAUUUACUUUAAUUAAUUAUAAAUUUUUAAAAUGAACCUAAGGCUGCAUGUGUUUUUCUGCCAAUUCAUAUGGCUGAUCGCGGUGUUGAACGGCAAAAGUUUCCAAGGGGUCCCUGGCUACGGUAGAAACCUUAUUAUCAAAGCUUUGCCCGCGAUCGAAGACUACCAAAGUAAUGUUUAUGAAGUGUUUAUGGAGCCUUACCUCUAUGACCUCUCCAGACCAGUGUAUCCAGUAUCUGGGGAACGUAAUCAGAAACAAAUCGAUUUGGCUUUGGCCCCGCGGUCAGUCCCUGGCCUUCAAGCAACAGUCAACCUUAUAGCAGACGACGGCUCAGGAGUCGGUGGCGAGCUGGUGUUCACACAAAUAGUGCCCAAUGGCCCCGUGACCAUAGAGGGCAACAUCACAGGCCUGACCCCAGGCUUGCAUGGGCUGCAUGUGCACCAGACAGGCGCGAUUAAGGAUACCUGCAAAGAUAUCGGCCCGCAUUUUAUUGCUUAUUAUGGUCGCCACGGCGGGCCUCGCGAUCACAUCCGCCAUGUUGGUGACCUCGGGAACAUUAAAGCGGAAGAGGGCGCCACUCUCAACGUGAAAAUAGUCGACCAUCUCAUCUCUUUGGCGGGACCACGGUCGAUCGUAGGACGAUCAUUGGCUAUUUCUCAAGGUGAAGACGAUUACGGCAGAUCUAGUACCGAAGACAGUGCCUUAACUGGUACCUCAGGACCGGCAGUCGCUUGUGGCAUCAUCGGCUAUUUGAACUAACCAGUUUUAGAAUUAUCUUUUUUUAUAUUUGAAUAUUUCUGAACUGUAUGACAGAUUUAUCGCUUUUGUAAAAUAUAUCCGAACUCUUUUCUACUUUCUUUUUAAUAAUUCCUUCGCGUAAAAACUGGUUUGAAUUGCUGGAAAAAAUUAAGUGAUUGCCUUAAAAGUGGAUGAAAAACAAAAUGGUUUAUUUAUUUUUUGUGUUUAAUGGUGAUAAAAAAUAUUUUUUGAGCUAUUCAAACCAGGAACAUUUAUUUGUGUCCCUAUCGUAUAGGAUGUAUAAAAACCUCUUUGUUUUAAUUUUUUUGGCAUAUCUAGCGACGAAUCAUACUAUCGCAUAUUAUAAUAAUAAAUACAAAAUGCAAUGUGACAGUACCCAACUGGUUUAAUCAGUAUAAUACAAAAUAUUUUUAAACAAAAAAUGCAACAUCGAAAAACAAUAAAUAAGCUUGAUUUUGGAGCACCAGAUUUGUGUAGAAAAAAAGGAAUAAAAACUUAUUCUUACAUUAUUAUGUGAUGUUUUACACCUGUAUAUAACCUAACAGCCUAUACCGAAAAAUAAAUACUAGAUUUUUUUAAUGAGACGGACGGCCAUAAUUAUUUUGACAGUGACAUAAACUGUUCACAGUGCAUAGAUAAUAAAUAUAGUCUUCACAACCCUAUCACAUAUU